AUGCCUUACAUUGGUAAACAAUCUUAUGAUAGCCUUGCCGUGUGCGGAAACAAUUUCGUUCCGGUUGGAUACGAGUACGCGGACCAAUUCAUAAAAACCGAGUUUUAUCCAAAGCAACAAAUACCACCCCAACCACCGCAGCAAUCUCAAGAUCAAUUUGCGAUGUUCCCAAUGUCCGGUUCAACCUCACCUCAACAACCCGUUCCAACUUUGUUGUACUCGCAAAAUCCCCAACUCUCGCAGUAUGGUAAUAACGACGACUCGGCCAAUCUGAACGAAAACGACAACGUGCAGAUCAAAACUGAAUUUGACUCAUCUGAAUUCUCAUUUAUUAACGAGAUGGAUUCUGGUUCAAGCGCUGGGUCUUCUCCUCACCUGAUGGCGUCAAAUGAAUUCGAGGGAUCACAGUUUAACUAUGGUUUUUCUUCAACCCUUUGCGACGAUUCCUCGAGCGAAACUCUAUCAUCAGCGACCUCCCCGACGGUGCCCACGGGUCAAGAGUUUGCCUUCUCACUAUCACCAGAGAGCAUCUCGAGAUAUUAUGAUGUGUUCGCUGGGACCUCACCAGUGGAACAAAAUCAAGGUAACGGCGGAGUUCCGACGUCCUUCCCGGAACCUACGCGAUUUAUCAUCUAUGAACCACAACAUCCCAUGAACGGUAACGCACCUUCGCUCGUUCCAAAUCUUAACUCGCAUCCCACUUAUGGAAUGCAGAUGUGGUCGCUACCAGUGCCGAAUAACAGUGUCGACAAUCGAACAAUUGCAUCGACACAGGGACCCAUGAAUCCGCUUCCUUAUGAAUACACACAGAAUCAGGUUUUAGUGAAUCCGGCGCAGAUAAAUCCUCUCCCGUCGGCGACAUCCCCUCCACAACAGCCGCAAUCUCAAUCGAGUCAGCCACAGCAAAUUCAACAGCAGUUGAUCAAAUGUCCACAGGAAGAUUGCCCUAAAACCUUCAGCAGGUUGUAUAACCUCAAGGCGCAUCUUCGUUCACACUCACCCGCGCGUCCAUAUCAGUGUCCAAU